UUGGGUAAACGAAUACGUCAGUAUUUUCUUGUCAUAGGGAGACGUAACCUCUUUUGGAGAACAUACGUUGCAAACGGACGCACCCGCAGUUUGUGGUCAUCAAGAAACAUAAUUCCUUUUGGAAAGCACCCAGAAAAUGCAAGCAAACGAAAACAGCAGCAAAUCAAUAAUGUUCGGUGGAUCAACUAUAACUACGAUUGAAAAGGCGGAUUACCAACACAUGUGGUUAAUUAAAAAUUGGUCACUAUAUAAAGAAAUAACUACUUUACGAUCGCCUCGAAUUGUAAUACUUAAAAAAUAUGUCCAAUCCCACUGGGAUAUUGAAUUAGUGCAGUCUGCUUCGAAGCUAGAAUUCGGCAUAUGUUUGGCCUCAACGAAAAUGGCUGACACAUGUUUUGAUAUGACAUUGUCUGUUCGGAACUCUAAAGGCGAAGAAAUAUUUGGUCCUAUAAAGAGAGAGAAGGUAAAUAAAGGAGAACUCAUGCAGUUCAGAACAUCGACGGACAUUUUGAAGAAGAUAAAUUCAUUUCCUUUCGAUCACAUACAAGUGAUCCUUUAUAUUGAAAACACUGUAGCAAGGCACAACAGCUCAACGUACGACAAUAACGAAAGAUUAUAUAACCUGAAAAAGGACUUUGCCAACCUUUUACAAAAUGAAGACUUUAGCGACGUGACUAUCAUAUCAAGCGAAGGUGACGAAUUCAAAGCCCACAAAAGUAUACUAAGUGCCCGAAGUGAAGUUUUUGCUGCCAUGUUUCGCUGUAAUUUAUCGGAAGCUAAAACAAAUCGUGUGCCAAUUGAUGACGUGGACGCCGAGACAAUGAGGGAAUUGUUAUCGUUCAUUUACAGCGCCAAUGAAACACCCAAGAAUUUGGCGGCAAAACUUUUGCCUAUUGCUGAUCGCUAUGCUCUGAUGGACUUGAAAACAAUUUGUGAGCAACAUUUGAUGGAAGCGAUCUCAUAUGACACAGCAUGUGACAUUCUCCUUCUGGCAAAGAGGAUUUGCAAUGAACGAAUUGAGGGUGAGGUUGUACAAUAUAUUGUAAACAAUAUUAGAUCCGUCACAAGCACAUCAAACUGGAAAAAUCUUGAAGAGACAAAUCCGCAAUUAUGCUUAGAAGUUUUAAAGUUAAAUAUUACUAAUCGUUUGUAAAUUAUUCCUUGCGAUGGAGGCAAAAUAAUAAAGAAGUGUUGGUGUCUAAUUUGAAAA